CGUGGGCGCGCCAAGUGGAUGACGGAAACGCGAGCGCGGGGGAAUAAUGACCGCCAAUCACGAGCAGGAGAUCGUCAAGGAAGCGAGGAGCAAAGGAGGUGACCAGCAAUGGGCGGGCAGCAGGGCAUUCGGGCAGGGCAAGGGUGGCGGAAAGCACGGAGGAGACGGUGUGGGAGGGCCUUGGGCAGCAUGUCGCAGCACACAGAGUUUGGCGUGUGUGCACCCCCAAAAUCGCGGUCAGGGUCUCGAAUUAGGCUCCCCUGUCCCCUGGCUGCCGACGCGCCCAGACCGGCCUAUGAAAACCCCCCUGACACCUUAACGGCC